CUUUAAUUAAAUCUAAAAUAAAAAUUUUACGUGACUCUCGUUUGAUCCGAUUCAAGAUACAUCAAACCCGACUAUUGUAGACCCUAGUCUUCUUAAACACUCCUUUAUUUUUCAAUUUAUUAGUACUACUACUAGUAUUAAUUUUUUUUUUGUCGUAUGAAGAUAAUAAAAGGUGUAGAAGUUUCUUGCAUUGCGAAGAGCCGUGGAAGGAAGUUUUCUAUCUUUUUCGCAUCAUCAUCCUCAAAUGCGGUUAAUAUUAAUCAAAGCAAAAAUCCUCAUUCACACGGAACUUUCUCGACAUUAGACGUAACUAACGCAGUACCUUCUCGUUCCUUCCUUUCUUUCUUUCUUUCUCUCUCUCUCUCUUUGCAUUUUAUUAUUCUCAACAGAACCUUCUAGAACCACCAAAAUCUCUCUCUCUUUCUCUCUCUUCACAACAAAACUCGUCGGCGAUAAUCUGUUUUAAACUUCUCCAUGGCUCCGCCGCUACCGCCGGUGGAAAAUAACGGCGAAUCUACCACAGCAUCCGUCCUAGAGUCACAGAGAUCUAUUCCGACGCCGUUUCUCACAAAAACCUACAACCUCGUCGAAGAUCAAUCCAUCGACGACGUUAUUUCAUGGAACGACGAUGGAUCCACCUUCAUCGUUUGGAAUCCCACCAUUUUCGCUAGAGAUUUGCUUCCUAAAUAUUUCAAACACAACAAUUUCUCUAGCUUCGUUCGCCAACUCAAUACCUAUGGAUUUAGAAAAGUAGUACCUGAUCGUUGGGAAUUCUCGAACGAGUUUUUUCGAAGAGGUGAUAAACGGCUUCUGUGCGAGAUUCAACGCCGGAAGAUCUCAACUCCGGCGCCUUCGCCGACGUCUGUUUCUGCUGCUGCAACGGCAGAAACCGCGACAGUUGCGGUUCCUUCCCCGAUUCCGCUUACUGUAAUACCUACUGCGAUGCCGAUUAUAUCACCAUCGAACUCCGGUGAUGAACAAGUAAUAUCCUCGAGCUCGUCGCCGUUGCGAGCGCCAGCGGAGCUUCUCGAUGAGAACGAGAGAUUAAGAAAAGAGAACGUACUUCUGAAUAAGGAGCUCGCUGAGAUUAAAUCACUCUGCAACAAUAUUUACACUCUUAUGUCAAGUUAUGCAAACAACAACAACAAUAAUAAUAACCAAUCGGACGGUGGCGCGCAAGGAAGUAGAGAGUCCGGGAUGACAGCGGUGAAGCCUUUGGAUUUGAUGCCGGAGGAGGUUAAGCGAGGCUCCGGCGUGAAAGAGAUGAAUCCGAAGCUGUUUGGUGUUGCGAUUGGAGUAAAACGAACAAGAGAAAACGGUUGUGAAAGUGGAGAAGAUACACUGUUGAGGCUACAUCAACCUGGUUCUACGGACGUGAAAUCAGAGCCGUUGGAUUGUCAGUAUCAUCGUGAUAACAAGCAAACGCCGUGGUUGAACCGGUGUCGUAGAGCGAAUCAGAGUUUAUGUAAAUGACACGUGGCGGUCUAGUAUGCAUUGGCAUGUUUAGAAUUAGAUUAGAUAAUUGGAUAGAUAAUGGCGUAGGGAAUCUGAGACCAUGCACGCGGAAUCGCACGUGAUAAUCCGUCACGUGUGUUGAUUAACCGUAUGGGACCAAUUCGCAGAAGUUUCUCAUGGGAAGUCAGAAGAAAACGAUACUCUCUCGUCCUUUACCUUGUAUUUUCACUUUUAUUUUUAUUUAUUUUUUUGUAUACUUAGAUUUACCUUUACUAAUAGUGUUUAGAAUUUUAUUUAUCCUAUCAUUAUUUUACAUCGAGAUUCAUAAUCAUGUGAGUAUUUUGAAACAACGAUGCUUAGCGAUGAUGCUUUCAUAUUUAUAGUUCAUAAUAACGUUUCAGAACUCA